UCAGCCCAAUAAAUCGACCUCACUCGUUGGCCGUAUUUACAACACCGAGCUACCACAUCAGUAUUAUGUAAUACACUUGUAAUGUGUAAUACACUGAAUCUGCGCAGGUGUGUUGCGGCAGAGGGUACAAUGAAAGUCCAUCUAAUAAAGGCCGUCAUGCAAACGCAAUGACUGUCAAUAGCGUCCCGUCACGACCGAAGCUGCUGCAAGCAAUCAAACUGAGGGGGUGAAGUCCCAGAAAGGGCUGAAAACGGGAUUUACACUACGUCGAAACCAGCGGAUUCCAAGAUGACAUCCCAAAGUGAGACGAGGCGUUUCGUCAGUGGGGUGGUGGAAGGUUUUUAUGGGCGACCAUGGACUAUGGAGCAAAGAACAGAAUUGUUCAAAAGGGAACAGAAGUGGGGAUUGAAUACAUACCUGUAUGCUCCCAAGGAUGACUACAAACACAGGAUGUACUGGAGGGACCUGUACUCUGCUGAGGAGGCCGAACAACUGAUUGCAUUGAUAUCAGCAGCUAAAGAGCAUGAGGUUGAGUUCAUCUAUGCUAUCUCUCCUGGCCUGGACAUUACCUUUUCCAAUCCCAAAGAGGUGGCUGCCCUGAAAAGGAAACUUGAUCAGGUAAGGGAGUUUGGCUGCAGGUCAUUCUCUCUGCUGUUUGAUGACAUUGAGACAGAGAUGUGUCCGGCUGACAAACAGGCCUUCAGCUCUUUCGCUCACGCUCAGGUGGCCAUCACUAAUGAGGUGUACCAACACCUGGGAGAGCCUGAGACCUUCCUCUUCUGUCCCACUGAUUACUGUGCUGCAUUCUGCACUCCCAACGUUUCCCAGUCUUCCUACCUUCACACUCUGGGAGAGAAACUGCUUCCAGGGAUUGAUGUGCUGUGGACAGGUCCCAAGGUGGUGUCCCAUUUUAUCUCUGUUGAGUCCAUAGACGAGGUGUCCUCGGUCCUGAAGAGGGCGCCAGUUAUUUGGGACAAUAUUCACGCCAACGACUAUGACCCCCAAAGGCUCUUCUUAGGACCUUAUAAGGAACGCCCCACUGAGCUGAUCCCAAAGUUGAGAGGAGUUCUCACCAAUCCCAACUGUGAGUUUUAUCCAAACUUCGUGGCCAUCCACACAUUGGCUACAUGGUGCAAGGCCACGGCAGAUGGAGGAGAGAGGGAUGUGGAAAUGAGUGAUGAGGGGCAGGACCUCUGUUACAGCCCCCAGAGAGCCCUAACACUUGCUCUCACUGACUGGCUACAGGACUUUCUCAUCUUAGACCAACCAGGAGGCCCUCGUCAUGCUCCAGCUCACCUGAAGAAAGAGUCCUCAAAUGAGGAGUCCAUGCAAACGGCUGUUGGAGAAGCCACGUAUGUUCCUGGACCUGGGGAGAACCCGUUGUACACAGCAGAGCCCCUGACCCUGCAAGACCUGACCCUACUGUCCGACCUCUUCUACCUGCCCUACGAACAUGGGCCCACGGCAAGGACUAUGCUUCAAGAGCUUGACUGGCUACAGAACAACAGUUGGGCUGCUACAGCAGAGACAGAUAAGACAGCAGAGUGGCAUUCAAGAGCACAACAGUUUGAUGAGAUGUGCGACGCAGUGGUGCAGAUGUUCAACCGCUUGUCAAAUGCACCCAAUCGCAACAUCCUUUAUGAUCUAUACAACUACAUCUGUGACAUCAAGAGUGGCAUUGGCAUGGCAAGAGAACAUGUGAAAAAACUAGGAGGUCUCAGUCAACCUUCAGCCCAGUUACUGAACGACGACCCUGAGCCUUGGGGAUUCAGAGGAGGCCUCUCAGGAGAGUUCCAGAGAAUGCUGCCUUGCCAUGGGAACAGAGACCUGUUCCGACACCCCCCGAAAACUGCAGUGUACUCUAUACGGCCAUAUUGCCCAGAGGACAAGACUGAGGUGCAGAGGAUUUUCAAGGAGAUGCAGAGAGAAAAGAGCGAAGUGCCAACGAUUGCAAAACCUCAUCUCAUCAGUGACUGCCUGUCAACAGGUGACCUGAUCCCUUCUCCUCAGUGUGGUCUUGUGCUGGAGGAUGAGGUUGGAAUGUGUGGCUUUGCCCUGGGACUCACCAAUGUCAAACCAGCUGCAGCCAAGAUGAAGAUGAAGGUGUGCGACUCAGUGCUCAGAGACUUCCCUGUCCUGGUCACCAUGCAGCUGCUGCCCCGUGUCACUGAUCCCGCCCCUGCCAAACGUAUGCUCACCAGCUUGCUCUCAUCCAUCAGGAGCUGUGGAUCCCAAGGAGCAUACUGCGAGUUGAGGGAGUGUGACAGGCGAAUGCUUGACUUUUAUGCUAAACUGGGAUCCUUUAAAACCAUUCCAAUGGCUGGGUUACCUGAUGACAUCAUUGUCAUGGGCUCGCGCUUGUGAACGAGAUCAUCCUAUGUGCUGAACCUCAGAUUUUAAAAUGUUCACUCAAAAAAAAAAGAAAGAGAAAAAUCAUACCACAAUAGAGAAAAAAAACAAAUAGGGGUAAUUUGCAGCCUCUGUUGGCUUUGGUCUAGUGAUUUUGAUUUCAUAUCAGCUUAUCUGUGAAGUCUGUCUGGGGUCAAAGUUGGACAUCUGUGACUACGGUUCAAUAAAUUGUUGAGGAAAUGGCUUCUGAAAUGUGUGGGACAAAGAAUUAAGUGUGUUGUGGAAAGCAAUGAUUUUUGCAGCAAACAAAAUAUAAACUGAUUAUAGUCAAGGGAUAUUUUUACACUGACAAAUGGUAGAAAUUUUAGGGGAAAAAAGUGAAUAACAAAGUGCCACAAUGUUUUUUCCUAUGUUGCACACUGUAUACCACAUUUUGUACUUCAAUGCUUUUUACAGACUCACUGAAUACAAAUCAAUGUAUAUGUAGAUAAAAUAAUAGAAAACAUUUUAAUCUUUAUUUAAUAGGGAUACAAAGGUAUAUAUUACAUGAAUACAGCUGGUGUGUAAAUUCAGUGUUGUCAAGUGUUCUGACAAUCUGUUGGUUCAAUAACAUUUAGGUUGAGGCAGCAUUUGUAAGUACCCAACCUUGCACACAGCAAUCAAAGAUUCCUGUAUUCAAAAACAGGUAAACAUGCAAGGACUUGGUGGGUCACAUCAACAAUGGAUCUAAAUGAGGGAAACGGAGGCCCAACAUUUCAGUCUGGUCAUGACAUUUUCUUCAAUAACCACUAAUAUAGGUAUAAAGUAAGUUCAAUUUUGCAAGUUGUUACACAUCCAUUGUUGAAAAUAUUCUUACUUUAAGCCGACGGAAAAUAAACGUACCUAUGUUUGACUUUGUGACCUUGUUCCCCUGAGUGUCUCACCAGCACAGUUUGGCUGCAGGAGAGGAUCAUGUGACCUGGUAUCUACUGACUGAGAACAUUAGAAAAAUUUUACCCUGACUCCUCGGGGACAUUAGCAGUUUCUCCCCAGUGUGAGAGCAAGAUUUAACUCUAGGCUGGUAAAGCAUGAGCUCCAUCAGGAUUGAAGUGCUAUACAAAGGGCUUAGCUGUUCAAAUAUCCAUAGGUUCAUGUGACAAGUCACAUAUGGCAGUUGAAACCAUCUCACUGAAGUUACAAACAAGUUGGAGCUCCCUAUAGUUUAUGAUGCAUCAUUCUUCCCUUGCUGCUUUACCACCCUCCUCAUAGUCAUCUUGCAAACACCAGGUAUUCUAAAUUCUUUUUUUUUAAAAAGAAAAGGUAAUAAAUAUAUAUUAAGUUUUAAGACAAAAAUAGAUCAUGAAUAAAUCUGUCCCUUUAUGUUCCCCCUAAGAAAUAAUUUAAUGGACUGAUCAGAACUAUUAAUAUCAUUAGAAGUCACUUUGGUUAAAUUAAAAUAAACUCACACAGUCCACUACAAACUUAAGCUAAAGCUUUAGAUAAUUUGCAUUAGAUAAAAGCCCGGUGUACGCCUAAAUUUGUUUCCAUUUCUAAUAGAAUCUUUAGAUUACUUCAAUUUUCUAUGUCAGAUCCCAGGUUAGAUCAAAUGUGCUUGACCUUGAGCAAAUGUGCACAGAGCUUGAAUUUGUACAGUUGUUCCCCAGAGCUUGUACAAUUGUUAAGCAUCAGACAGAAAAGUUGAAAGUGCUCGUAAAAAAAAGUGAGGGGGUGACAUAUUCUAUAUGUCAUGAGUUAAGACUUAGACCACAAUGCUAUGUGUACAUAGGACACUACAUAGUCUCUAAGCCUUGGUGUGCAACUACUUGGCUGACUGUCAUUACAUCCUUCCCC